AUGGGCGCCAAGCCGGAGUACAUCGCCUGGAAGGUCGACUGGCAUUUCCGGGCCUCCGGCCAGCUCCUCACCGACAGGGGUCUCCCAGAGCACGAGGUCAUCGGCCCGGCUCUGGACCGGUUCCUCCAGAAUACCUGCCCAUGGGGCGCCACGCGGCACCUGGUGCUCCCCUACGCCGACGCCGGGCUCGAGGCCCUAGAGGUGUUCCUGCACCAACCGCGCCGAACGGUCGCGCCUGUGGAGAGCUUCAGUCGGGACACCCGCUGGAACGAGGUAGACGACAGGGAGUCGGACUCCGACGACGAGGACGAGGCGCAGAGGGCCUCCAGGCGUGCUGCCAUGGCGGCCACGCUGGCAGCGCUGCCGGAGUUCUUGCGACUUGACAAGGGCCGCUCGCUGCGGGAGAACCUCAUCGGGCGAGCCAUUGUCGAGUUCCCGGUGCUGCACGUGGCGCUCCCAAGCGAAGUGGCGCAGUAUGAGGGCACCCCCAUGGGCUGA